UACAAAAAAAAAUCGUUAUUGAUAAAUAAAAAAAAAAUGUUGAAAACUUUUUUAAAACUUAAGAUUAUAAUUUAUUUUUCAAUAACUUUUUCACAUCAAAAAAUUACUAAUUUAGAUCAAGACGAUGAAGAAGUAUGUGUUGAUGCAAAUGGGGAAAAACAUGAUCUUAAUACUGAAUGGGAUCUGGAUAAUACAAAGCAAUGUGGACGAAAUCAAUGUCUCGAAGCAGCAGGCUCUGGAGGUCGAAAUUUUGGCGUAAUACGCGAACAAAAAUGUAAUGUGUUUUCGAAAGACCAGUAUCAAUAUUGUCAAAUACAACCAGGCGAUCCGGCAGCACAGUUCCCUUUUUGUUGCGAAACUAGAGUUUGUAUAUUGGGCAUGUAUUUGAACACAACUUCUACCAAUUCGGAUAAUUCUUGGUUUGAUGAGCGGUUCCAUUCAGUUGACGCAGGAGAUCAUGCAACUUUAAUACUAAUUGAACGCUUUAGUCAUGAGAGUAGAAAAUUUCUAAAUAAAUAA